CCACAACAAACCCAAUUGCAAUCUGGAGGGAGCUCGAACUUCAAGUUUCGCCGUCGUUCGCUCGCCUUGGUCCCUACUUGCGCAUAGCCGAAGCUGUGACUUAUCAUCCACUGCGCAGCCCCACCACAACCGACCCGAGCUCGGCCAGGCCAAUCUUUCAGCGCGACCGCGUACGCAACCACGCGCCACGACUGUUUCCAACCGUCCCAAUUGCGAUCAACGUGAUUGCAUACUUCCGUAACAAUGGCGGACAGCUUCAACGAGGAGAUGACUGAGGACGCGCCCGCUGCCAGCACCUCAGCUGAUGUCGAGAUGGGCGACGGCGGCGCUGCUACCGAGGGCGCGGGUGCUGCUGGUGGCUCCGCGUCCGAGAACCAAACUGGUUCAGAGCUUCCGUUCGCCGAAAGUGGACCAGACGACCCGCCCGCGCCGCGCAUGACUUUCGCGCAGUAUCUUGCCAGCCCUGUCGUGACGCUGCUGGUCGGGUCGGGCAAGAAGGGGACGAUCCUCACGGCGCAUCAGGCGUUGUUGCUGCAGAGCCCUUAUUUCGCCGAGGCCUGUGCCGAGUUCGCGGAUGAUGGAAGCCCCCGGCAAAUCGAGCUUGCCGCCGAAGACAUCGAUGCGAUGGGUUGCUUCCUAGAGUUUCUGUAUACGGGCGACUACUUCCCCAGGAAGGUUCCUGGGCAGCGCAUGUUGGAGAAGGACCCCUCUAUUCCCGAGGUGGACUUGACGGGCGAGCAGCUGCUCAAGCAUGCUAAAAUCUACACCUUGGCGGAGAAGUUUGGCGUCACCAACCUCAAGAACCUCGCGUCCAGCAAAAUCCACUGCGUCAACUCGACCGCCAAGGGCGAGAUUGCCUACGCCCGCUACGUCUACGAGUUCACCCGCAAGGACGACACUUCGAUCCGCUCGCCCGUGGCGAACUUCUGGGCGACCCGCUCCCAUACUCUCCGCGCAGAGGCCGAUGAGGAGUUCCGCAACCUUUGCUUGGAGUUCCCCGAGUUCGGUUACGACGUGCUCACCCGCGUCCUCGACGAGAAGCUCAAGCGGGAGCGCAACGAGAAGAUGCACCCGGGCACCAGCACACCGGGCGGCGCGCGCAAGCGGCCUCGCCACAGCAGCACCGCCGCCUAAGCCGAGAAAUCCGAGGA